UCGUAACAUUAUGGGUUGUGUUCUUUUGCUAGGUUUUCAUUAGAUUUUAGGAUAAUUAGUUGUGAAAGGAUAGGAAUUAAAGUGAAAAUUGGAAAACUCGAAUGCAUCUGCAAUGUCUGAUUUCAGUUCCGAUCCAGAAAGUGGUCCAAGCUUCCAGACUGAGUCGGAAAGCGAACAUGAGUCUGUAUGGGGCGAGGAAAAGGAUCAAAAAGAAAUCGAUUACACGACAGCGGCAAAGGAUAUAAUUUGCGAAGAUGUGAAUAUUACAACUGAGAAUGCUUUGAAACUCAAUAGUGGUUAUCAUAAUAUGCUGAAGGUGCUAAAGAACAAACUGGAAAUAUUGCUUGCACACUGCCAGGAAAGGCAAGUUGAGAUUGAGAAACAAAUUGACGAAUAUCGAAUUAGUAAAAAACCACUAACGGGCAAGGCCCGCACCUCCGGUUACAUUUGUGGGCAACCGUAUUUUAAAGAUGAAGAUUUGUAUCCGGGGCCGCACAACGAUGAUUACCUCUAUCGAAAGAACGUAAAGAAAGAGUUCUUUCCUUUGGACUUAUUCGAAGUAACGGAUACCAACUGGACGGUGAAGGACAAGAUCAAUAUUCUGAAAGGCGUCAAGACACAAAUUGUGGAGUUUAUCGAGAUGGAAAACCGGUUAAAGAUUAAAAAGAUUGGGAAUGGUUUGGAAGCGGAAAGGUUACGCCGUGAGAUUGCAUCGUUGAAAGGCAUGGACAUAAACGAUUUGUGGAAUAAGGUGAAAAAUUUCCAUAAUGAAUAUCCAGGGCAGAAUUUUGGCAUCGAUUGGUUGCGAAUUUCGAAUGCCAACAUCAGCGGUCGACAUUCGGUUGAGGCUUGUAUUGGCAUUUGGAACAAUUACAUGCUACCUGGACUGGUGCGGGAUGCUUGGAAAACUGAGGAAGAAUCACUGCUGUUGGAAGCGGUGGAAGUGCACCGUCGUCAGGACUGGCAUGCCAUUGCGGAGAGUGUCCCCGGUCGGUCCCCAUACCAAUGUUUCGUUCAUUAUCAGACAACUUUUUCGGAUUUGGCUCAGAUUAAACACGACCGCUGGACAGAUAAGGAAGAUGCGCUUUUGGUACGGUUGGUGGAAGAAAAUCGAAUUGGAUCGAACAUUGUGUGGAACAAAGUCGUAGAGAAAAUGCCCUUGCGAAAUAAGAUACAGUGCUACAAUCGGUACAUGUUCACGCUGAUGAGGCCAACGAAGAACGCUAAAUUUACUCCGGAAGAGGAUUGCAUCAUCACUGCUUACGUGCAACAGUAUGGUGAUGAUUUCCGAUUUGUUCCUCCGAAUUUGCUUCCCGGUAGAUCGAACCGUCAGAUUUGGGCGCGCUAUAACCAAACGUUAAAGUAUGUGAAAAAGCAUUCGGGGUGGACAAUCGAGGAAGACAUGCGUCUGAUGAAUUUCAUCAAAGAAAAUCUUACCGACGAAGGGCCACGGAAAAUCUCGUGGGCGGCAUGCUCUAAGGUUUUGGGAAAUCACUCGCGACUGAGUUGUCGGACACGGUAUUACACCAUCGAAAAGUUCCUGGAGAAAAAUCCGAACGCCACGUUGGACGAUGUCCCACGCAAAGACAAGAAACUGUCGACCCAAGUGACCAACGAUAACUGGAUGAGAACUAUAAUCGAUAUCCGAAACGAACCGAAGGUCGACGAACCGAGUGAACUGGAACAACCUUCCACUUCAGCCACGCCAGUUUCGAAGGUACAGAAAAAGUCUCGUAAGCUGUCGAAUGUCACCCUGUCAAAAAAUGGUCGUCCUUUUUCGAGUACACUAAAGUGUGUCUUCAAGAAGCAAUUCUACGAGAAGAUGAAAUACUCGUUCCACUAUUGUUUCAACGAACAAACCGAGAUUACGGAUAACUACAGAGUGUUUUGUAACAAUAAAAUUAUAUUUAUGCUUCUCAACUGCGUGGUUUCCCCGGAGAAAAUAAACAGUUUUAGUGAGUUGACACCAGCGGAGAAAACCCAUCUGCAAAGCAGUAUCACGAUCCAAAUUAAUCCUUGUUGGGUCAAUUUUCUGCGAAGUGCUAUGUACUGCUUUUUGUUUCCGCCAAACUACAAUACCAUGCUUGGCUUGCGUGGGGUCGUUCUGAACGCCACAUAUCCCAAAGAGGAAACAUCUAGUUUGGAAAUCAAACAAGAAUGUACCGACGAGGUGGGAUACAAUCAUGCACUGGACACUUUUCGGGAUCGUUUCCGUAUGCUUUUCACUUGGACAAUGUUGCUGGUUCGACAAAACCCUCGAGAGGCGGAUUUCCGAAAAGAUCCCGUUCAUACCAACUCCCAAGCUGAAAUGCCCUGUGAACUGUAUGAUUUUUCCGCUAAAAUGAUCGAAGAGCAACUAUCCUUGGAGCAACUUUCAAAACUUCACAACAGUCCACGGUUACCGUACAAACGGAUUCAAAAACCUACCGGUGACCAGCCGGUCUAUGAAACAACAGUUUGUCUGGACCAACUUGAUCUAUACGGUAGACCAUACCAGGAUCAAGCUACCGAAGAUAAAAUUGACAUGGUUUCAAACCAAACGAUAAGCAACCCUCCACAACCCGAACCAGUUAUCAUCCCUGAAAGUGGAACCUCGUUAAAAGCCGGAGAUAUCAACUUCACAUCUCAGCCAUUGCCCGACUAUAACAAUGUACACUAUAAUUUGGUAUUGACCCAAACACCGAACAUUGAGUCGACCAUCCACAGUACAAUGUCCGAUCAACUUCUGCCAUUCACAAAUAAAGUCGAACAUACCACGAACCAUAUGGAUCUUGUCAAGCAAAUUACUGUUAUUGAUCCGGAACACCUUCCAGUGGCUCGAGCACCGAUCGAAUCAUCAGAACAAUUUGCAUUGCCACAACCACCAUCACAGACAGCAAUUGCGUUGUGUGCUGAAUCAAUCCAAAUGGCAGUGGGUGGAGACGGAAAAGUUGAUGAACAUGCCAUCGGGGAUGAAACGUAUCCCAGUGAGACGGAUAAUAAUGGCAGUGACUAUGAGUCUGACGAUCCACAGCCACAGCCGGCAGCAGAAGUACUCUCGGGGGUCGAACCAGAAGCGAAUGCAAUUAGUGAAGCACUAGUCGAUUCCACGGUUACGACAACCUCUAGUGAAACAAACUCAAUAGCAGCUGAUACAACAGCAGAUUCAGACACCAAAGAAAACGAGACUGAUAACGAAUCGCUUAGUUUGGCCGAUUUAUCACACGUUACCCAUGUGUCCACUGUAAGUGACUAUGUGAUUGAGAAAUUAGAAGAACCGACAAUAGUCGACUCUCCAAAGCUGUUGGACGAACCAUUAGAUCUACACAUUGGCAACGUGAGAAGUAAACAACAAGAAGAAGAACUCUCAUUGAAAUCCAAUGAACCAUCAUUGUUUUGUUCAGAGUCGGAUUUAGGUGAUUCCUCGGAAUCAACAGCUAAUGCCGAGAGUCCAUCACGUCUGGAAUCGGAUGACCACGAAGAGUUAGUGAAAGUACCUAGAAAGACCUACGGCAGAGUGAGUCGGGGCCCUAGUAAACAAAAAGAUAACGAAAUAUCGCGUAACAAAUCCGAUCGGUGGUGGCGCUGGGUGCAUGUUGAUGAGACAAAUCCUGACGAUGUAAAUCUACACCGUGAAUUGUGGGAAAUGAGUGAUCCGUUCAGGGAACGUUUCAGGCAACUCCGAUUGCCGGAAUGUGAUGAGAAAAAGGAUGAAAUAAUUGUAAUUGAUGACGAUGAGGUUGAAAUCAAAGAAGAACCACCGGAACUGCAAGAAACUGAACAAGUUGUCAACAAAGUAGAAGACACAAAUGAUGACACCGUAGAUGAAUCUUGCAUUCAGCAAAUAAUUCAAACUGCUAGUAAUAUUUUGCGUAUCACAGAAACGUACAAAUUAUUGAACCCAAACCCAGAGCCGGCCUACUCUGAUUUUUCUCAACCACAUUCUGAACAAGCGGUGCAAGAUUUUUCUACAAUGAGAAAAUCUGGCUCUUUAAUCGUUCAGACGCCCUCUAGAAUCUUCGAUGAGCAGACCAAUUGCUAUUACUAUGUAGACGAAAUCAAAGAGGACUGCACAAACGAUGUCGAUGCACCAGUGGUAGAAAUUCCACAAUUGACACCGGAUAGACCGAUGCAGUCCAACCUGGAUGAAAUUUUAGAAAGCUCUUUAAGCAUGACUUAUCAAAAUGUACCUGAAUUUGAAGCACCCCGACGCGUAUUAACCCUUCCAAGAGAAACCACCCCCACCACCGAAUCAUUUCAGGCUUACCCGCUACACACAAUACCGCUAAUUUUGCCUAACACGUACAGCAGAAAAAAAAUUAAAAACUUGCCUCCAUCUAAAUCUCAACAAAUCGAGUCCCGCAUUAUGGAACACCCAGCAUCAGAGGUACCGAAAAGACGACAACCAAAACGGCCACCACGAGACCAAACUAAAAUCUCACCAGAACAACAAGAGCAAGCCCUGUCCCUGUUGGACGCCCUUUACCGAAAACCUCGACUGCCACCAAUUGCUGUGAAUAAAUCGCCUACUUCUGCCACGAUGGUGGACCGUGAGACUGACAAGUGUGUUUUAACAUCCACGUCAGCAAUAACUAAUCACAUCCCAAAGAAUACUCCACUUUGCACCUUAGGGCAGUCCCCAAAAAGACCUCCCAGCAAAUCACCGGAGAAACGACCUACAAAACGCAACAAAAUAUGUCGGAGGAUUCUCUCACCAGCAGACAUAAAGCCAGAAUUUAAUCACGAUGAAUUUUUGGAGCGAUUAGAUGAAUCCAUCGAUGCAGUAGAUUUCAUUGAUGCGUUGAAUAGAAUGAAUAGACGUGUUAAAGUAGAAGAGAAGGAAUAUGAAGAUGAUGAUGAUGAUGAUCAUUAUGAUGAUGACGAUGAUGAUGAUUGCUCAAAUGAUGAGCAACAUCAUUCAAACGUUGAGGAUCGGUUGACAGAAGAAGACUCUGAUUAUAUUGAUCGAACCCCACUAACAUCGGAAAGUUCAAAGCGAGGAAUGGCUCCUAAACAAACAUCUUCUACCGUCACACAACAGAUGGUUAAGACCAUCAUCGAAAGCACUACCGGCCGACCUUCCAUGGAUGUGCAUUUCAAAAUUGCCGGUAUUACUAUAAAGAAAGUACAACACAAAUGAUGCACUGGAAAAAUACUAAUAAAUAAAAACUACUCACAGAGUACAGACAUCCGAACUAAAACUUACUUACCUAUUAAUACUACCGCAGCAACAGCAGGCUUGAGUAGAGCGCGCAAAAACGAUUACAGGAAGCGUCAAAUCUCUCUCCUAAGUCUUAAUAAGACUGUUAAUUACUUAUGGCAAAACUUUGAGAAAAAAAUUGAGAAACAGAGAAAAUUAUCUGAUCGCUGGCGAAUAAGUUUUUUUUUGAAACUAUGAAAAGUAUACCCCAAAAAUCUGUUUUAAUCUAUCUAGUGGUGUGUUGAUACCUCAUGUGAAUUGUAUUCUUAGCAAUAUUACUGUCGUAUUAUUGAAAAAACUGCUCAUUAAAUAGAAACAGGGAAGUUUGUUCGGGUGCAAACUAGCAAAGCCUAAAAAUCGAAAUGUUUUCCAAAAACAGAAGAUUUUUGCCAUUCUCAUAUAGAAAGUUUAUGCAAUCACUGUGAAAACCGACUUUUUAACUGAUCGUCGAGUACGCAAAAUGUCUGUGUGUAUAUGUCACGUUUUUUUGAACUAAUUUUUCUCGGAGACGGCUGAACCGAUUUUCACAAACUUAAAUUCAAACCAAAGGUCUUAUAGUCCCAUACAAAAUUUUUGAACUUUGUUUGGAUCCGACUUACGGUUCUAGAGUUACGGGGUAAAAUGUGCAAAAAAUGAAAAUAUGUGUACUGACUUUUCUCAGAGAUAGCGUGACCGAUUUUUAAAAAAAAACCUCAUUCAAAUGAUUGGUUUUAUGGUUCUACACAAAACAUCUGAAUUUUAUGUGGAUCCAACUUCCUGCUCGAGAAUUAUAGAGUGAUUAGUGCAAAAAUUCCAAUUUCAAAUUACUUAUUCACUUUUCUCAUAGAUGGCGUGACCGAUUUUUACAAACUUAGAUUCAAAUGAAUUGUUUUACGGUCCCAUACAAAACUUCUAAAUUUUCAUCCAUUUAUGACUUCCAGCUCCGGAAUUAUAGGAUAAAGUGCAUUAAAAAUUUUAUACCAUCACUAAAGAAGCGAAAAAAAUUUAAUAAAUCGGCCUCAAGUUAGUUAGUUAGUUGUUUAUUUUAGCCCGGAUUUAACCUAUCAAUCAUUCACCGGGGGAAGAAACCGGCCUCAAAAUUACUCCAAUCGGUAAUUAUUAUCAGGAGACAGCUGCAGCGCCCUUAGCAAACUUUCCUUCGAACUUGCUAGUAUUGUAGAAAAAGUAGGGAGCCGUGAAGGAAUAGCAACAUUGCAAGAACAGCAACCCAGUCGUGAAGGAAAUACUCGUCACCUUACAGGCAAGCCUUCACGUCAGCGUAAACGCGACGAGCAAUAACAAAAAUAUCUUUUCACGGGCACCGGUCACUGUCAUUGACAUUGUGGCAGUGGUUUCGGUUCGCGGCUCUCGGAAAUUUUGAUAGAACUUCGGGAGAAAGUCGGAUGAACUUUCUACUUACAAUCACAAGCUCGGCUUGUCCUAAAAUCUUCGGGCUUUACCGAAAGUAAAUGUUAGGAGCUUAAAAACCCAUAGUUGGGAAGAAUUAGGAGUUAGUUCAGUUGUAAAGAGUGCGCGGUAAUAGCCGUUAGUCUCGGGCGACGGCCCGUAGACAAAUUAAUGAGUCGUUAUUAAGUGAGUCAGUAUCUAGCCAUUAAUCGGAGUUGUUGCACAAUUAAUCAGUUCCGAAGUGAUAACGUGAUACGCGAUAACCGAUCGUGACUAGCGAGUUCAACAAAUUGGCAAUCACACCAGAUCUCACCAGAAGAAAAACAAUCAAUCAAUUAACGUCUGUUAUAAAAGAUUAGGAAGGUAGCCAAAUAUUAGUGAAGAAAAUACAGAAAAAGAGA